AAUUAACCCUCAACGGUACAACUAGUAGUGAUGACAUUAUUGAUAAUAAGAAUUACGCAGAACUAUUAAAGUUUUACUAGUAAAAUACGUGUAAAACUCAAAAAAUCAUCAUUGAAUAUAUAUUAGUAAUAAUUUUCUUAAAUUCCAAUAAGAAGUUUCUGUUUGCUGCUGUAUAAGUUUACCAGUGUUGACACUUGACAGUUAGGUAAAAGCAGUAAAAGCGCAGCAGGGUUAAGUCAAAAGCAAAAGUCAAAAAGUUAUCUUGUAAUCUUUGUUUUUUGUCAGCAUCACGUUGAUUUUGAUUUCCUGAGGUUGUCCGGGUUCAACAGUUCGCAGAAGCAGUCACAUUUUAUUGAUAAAACACACAAUCUUCAGUGAAAAUGGAAGACAAGGGUGAAUUAUUUACAACUCGCAUGAGAAAGGCGACGAGAAAAAUACACAACAUCAGUGAUGCCUUGGUGAACGCAAAGUUCGCUCUUUCACUGCGAGAUGAAGAAGUAUGGGGCGGUGGUCUUUUCAUAUUCUACCAUGUGUUUGGUUUCCUCGAAGAUGCUAAAGCAAGGCUGAACAUGCCAGACUUCGAUAAGCUGUUCGUCAAUAAGGUUUUAUACAGAAAGAAAGCAUUUGAAGAUGAUUUAACACAUUAUUUGGGCGAAAAUUGGAGGUCUAUAACUAAGGCGAUGGCACUAGACAACUACAUAGAACAUCUGCAAGAGUUGGAGAGGUCAAACCCAAGGCUACUGAUGGCAUAUGUCUAUCAUUUAUACUUGGGGCUCCUCAGCGGUGGACAGAUUCUGGCUAAGAAACGGAAGAUGUUUGGCGAUGAAAACGCCAAAACAGAUAUAUACACGGAUAAAGUAACAGACUUCUCUGGAACGGACAUAGCUCAGCUAAAGAAGGAUUUCAGACAAGCAAUGAAUGAGAUAGCAGAUACAAUGACUGAGGAAGAAAAGGACGCAUUCAUUGAGGAGAGCAACCAAGUGUUUGUGAUGAACAAUUUGAUCGUCAACUCGGUUGGAGGUCAGAACAAAGUUCUAUAUAACAUGUUGUAUAAAUUCUCAGCUGUUGUACUCAUUGUAGCUGGUGUUGUUACGGCGUAUAAAAUGUAUAAGUAAAUUGUGCCAAAGAUUGUACAAAAUCAAAAUAUUAUUAUAAUAAUGAGAGUUAUCGCUCCUAAAAUUUACGCUAGUUACAUUUAAGGUCUCUUCUCCAAUAAUCUACUAUAUAAAAAAAGUCCAGGUUUUCCAUCCUGACGCUAUAACUCCAGAACGCACGAACCGAUUUCCACGG